CUAUUUCGAUGGAGCAGACGCCGGUUUCGGCAACGGGUGGGUUAAAAAAAACACCACCAGAGCCUGACUUUGCCUCUUGGAAAGCUCUAGGUUGCAGCCCAGCGCUGCCUUCCAAGCAUUCUUUAAACUAGCAAUGUGGGAGGGACUCCAGGAGAGGGGGAGAGAGCGAUGGCUAUCAACUGAAUUCAUUACUGUAAACAUCUCCCUGGGGUGUCAGGCAGGGAGGGGGGAAGAGAGAGAGAGAAAAAAGCACGACUUACAUUAGCAGGGAAUAGUCAGAUCUGGGGCAGCAUAACGGCUAAGAUCAGCCUGCAAGCCCAGCUGAACGCAAGCCCAGGACUAGGAGAGAGAAGGAGACCGACAGACACGCGACUAUUCACAUAUAUGUGUCCGGUCCCUCCUGAGACUUCACGGGGUCCUGGGUCUGUGUGGCUCCUCCUCGUGUGAUCCACUCAGCGUCUCCAGCGGAGAAAACGACCAGGCUCGAUCGGGUUCCUUCGGCUUCUCCCUCCCUCCCUUCCUUCCUUUAUUUAUUUGGGGGCCGCGGGAGGGCAGGGAGAGAAGCGCGGAGAGAACGCGUGCUGGGGAUGCCAGCGCCCUGGGCUGCGCGUUGGAGGAGGAGGUGGAGGAGAAAGGGGGAGGAUGAUGCCGCUGCCUCCUAAGGGAGGAAGGAGAGAGAAGGGGAACGGAGCGCUCCGGAGAGGCAGCACAGGCAAGCGCCAGCCUGCGGGGAAGCGGAGCCUGCAGGGCGGGCUCGGGCUCGGGCAGCUUUUCGCCCGCACCACAUUGGAUACUGCCAAAGGCGACCGGCACGGCCACCACCAAGGAGAAGCGCCGUCAGCUGCAGCAAAAGUUUUGGUGUGGGGGGCAAAAGGCGCAGAGGGGGAUUAUGAUCGGUGCCGGAGAAGGACUCCCCGCCCUGCCAGGUUUCUCAGAUCCAUCAUCAAGCUGAAAUGAAGACCUUGGAGGCUGAAGAAAGCUGAGUGCACCACUACCUGGCUUCAGAGAAAGGAACUACUGGUCCAGCCAACCUUUCUCCUGACGACUUUUGGUAGCUUUAAAUUGCCGGUUGCCUACCUUGAAAGACACAGCUAUUGCUUCUUUCAGCACACAUGGAGGAAGGCAGCAAAGUGUGUAACCCUGGCUAAUCAGACUGUGGCUUUCCUAUGAAGAGCAGAAGGCAGGCCAAUCAUAAAAGGAUUAUUUCACAGUUAGCCUCCAGGACUUUACCUCUGACCUGAUCACUGGACACAAAUUCAAGCCAAUUCCAACAACCUGAAUUUUCACUACCUGUUCUUUAUCAUUGUUUUAAUUUCUCUUUCUUUGGUAUUCCGUUUCUUUAAGUUCAAAAUGGGCCCGUGGACGAGAAUGUGGCCCAAAGAUUGGGCUGCUUUCCUGAAAUCCUGGCUCAUAAUUUCCCUGGGGCUCUGCAUGCAGGUCUCCAAAACUCUGGCCUGUCCAAAUGUGUGCCGCUGUGACCGAAACUUUGUCUACUGUAACGAGCGAAGCUUGACCUCAGUGCCUCUUGGGAUACCGGAGGGUGUAACCGUACUCUACCUCCACAAUAACCAAAUUAAUAAUGCUGGAUUCCCUGCAGAGCUGCACAACGUCCAGUCUGUGCACACGGUCUACCUGUAUGGCAACCAAUUGGAUGAGUUUCCCAUGAACCUGCCCAAGAAUGUCAGGGUUCUUCACCUGCAGGAAAACAACAUUCAAACCAUUUCUCGGGCUGCCCUGUCCCAGCUCCUGAAGCUGGAAGAGCUGCACCUAGAUGACAACUCCAUCUCUACUGUGGGGGUUGAGGAUGGAGCAUUUCGGGAAGCUGUCAGCCUCAAGCUUCUGUUCUUGUCUAAGAAUCACUUGAGCAGUGUACCAGUUGGCCUUCCAGUGGACUUACAAGAAUUACGAGUUGAUGAAAACCGAAUUGCCAUCAUUUCAGACAUGGCCUUCCAGAAUCUCACGAGCUUGGAGCGUCUUAUUGUGGAUGGCAAUCUCCUGACCAAUAAAGGUAUAGCUGAGGGCACCUUCAGCCAUCUGACCAAGCUCAAAGAAUUCUCAAUAGUACGGAAUUCACUAUCAUACCCUCCCCCUGAUCUUCCAGGUACACAUCUGCUGAGGCUCUACCUGCAGGACAACCAGAUAACCCACAUACCACUUUCAGCCUUUUCAAACCUCCACAAGCUGGAGCGGCUUGAUAUUUCCAACAAUCAGCUCCGGAUGCUGGUGAAAGGGGUCUUUGAUAACCUCCAUAACCUGAAGCAGCUCACUGCGCGGAAUAAUCCCUGGUUAUGUGACUGCAGUAUUAAAUGGGUCACUGAAUGGCUCAAAUUUAUUCCCUCAUCCAUCAAUGUCCGGGGUUUUAUGUGCCAGGGACCAGAACAGGUCCGAGGUAUGGCUGUCAGGGAGCUCAAUAUGAAUAUGUUGUCAUGCCCCACCACCACUCCUGGUCUGCCACUUAUCACCCCAGCCCCUGCUACCACCUUGCCAACCACACUGGUUCCCACUUCAUCAGUUCCAACUCCAAGUGAUAAAUACAGUCCUCUCCCAUCCACCAAAUCCACACUCCCCACUGUGCCUGACAGGGAGGGUGGAGAAAUGGUGACACCUCCCAUUUCUGAAAGGAUCCAACUCUCCAUCCAUUUUGUGAAUGACACUUGCAUCCAAGUCAACUGGCUGUCCCUUUUUACUGUGAUGGCGUACAAACUCACAUGGGUUAAAAUGGGCCACAGCCUGGUAGGGGGCAUUGUUCAGGAACGGAUAGUAAGUGGUGAGAAACAACACUUAAGCUUGGUGAAUCUCGAACCCAAAUCCACUUAUCGGAUUUGUUUGGUUCCAUUGGAUGCUUUUAAUAAUUACCGAGCUGGAGAAGACACUGUCUGUUCAGAAGCCACAACCAAGGCUUCCCACUUAAACAAUGGCAGCAACACAGCUUCCAGCCAUGAGCAGACGACUUCUCAGAAUAUGGGCUCCCCAUUUUUGCUGGCAGGCUUGAUUGGGGGUGCAGUGAUAUUUGUUCUUGUGGUCUUGCUCAGCAUCUUUUGCUGGCACAUGCAUAAAAAGGGGCGCUACACCUCCCAGAAGUGGAAAUACAACCGGGGCCGGCGGAAAGAUGACUAUUGCGAGGCGGGGACCAAGAAGGACAACUCCAUCCUGGAGAUGACGGAAACCAGCUUCCAGAUUGUCUCCUUAAAUAACGAUCAGCUCCUUAAAGGAGAUUUCAGACUGCAGCCCAUUUAUACCCCAAACGGGGGAAUUAACUACACAGACUGCCACAUCCCCAACAACAUGCGAUACUGCAACAGCAGUGUCUCAGAUCUGGAACACUGUCAUACGUGAUAGUGAGGGGAAAGUGAGAUGCAUAGAACUACGAGCAAAAACUCUUGAAAAAAAUACACACACACAAAAAUUACAUUUGAUAAAUGUUACACAGAUGCAUUUGUGCAUUUGAAUACUCUGUAAUUUAUACGGUGUACUAUAUAAUGGGAUUUAAAAAAAGUGCUAUCUUUUCUAUUUCAAGUUAAUUGCAAAUGGUUUUGUAACUCUUUGCUUUUUAAACCUUUAAAAAAAUAUUGCUGAAGUACUGUACAGGGUUGUACAAUAAGAACCCAAUGCCAUGGCAAAGGAUAGAAAGACUCAUUCUUCAAACAUUAACCACUUUGCUGUCGAAGCUGUCUGAAGGAUGUAGGUCCAUAGUCCUGUAGUACGGAACAUAAGUGUUAAUUUAAACAGGGUUGCUAGGGAUGGGCAAAGCCAAUUCUGAUAAAAUGAGUACAACCCUCUCACCCAAACUCAUAAUGAACUUCUUCUGAGGUUCAAACAAGUUAGAGUAAUUCUGUUCCCCAUUUGUCACUUUCAUCUGCCUCUGUAUUUCCUAGUUCCACCUAGAAGUAGAAGUUCUGAAGUGCUACCAGAGAGGCUUUUCAGUGGUGCUUUUUUUUUUCUGCUAUUGAUGGAAACAAAAAAGCAUCAGACACUUUCUGCAAGAUUCAGAGUUCUCUGUAUUCCUAUUCAUAAGAGCUAGUCAGAAAAUGGUCCCAAAAUAUCAGAUACAUUUUCAUGAGAAUUUCCCCCCCAUUUUUCAUUAAAAUUAAGAAAUUUUACACAUUUUCUAACCAACUUCAAUGGGAAAUGAGGGUGCUCACCAGCUAUCAGGUGGCUCUCAUGAGAUCAAAUGAAGCAUGUUCAGUUAAGGCCUGGACCUGUGAGAUGCUGAGUGCCGUCAACUCCUAUUGACAUAAAAUGUCCAAAUCCUAUAGGAUUUGCCAUGCCUUAAUGGCAAUAUACCUAUCCAAAUCACUGAAAGCCUCAUCCAAAAAUCCAACAAUAUCCAUGGAAAGACUUCCACUGGCUUCUGUGGAUUUUGAUUAGGCCCUGAUUGGUUUAAUGGCCUGAAUAAAGUUCAGUACAGAGAACUAGGAAGAAGCCACCUGGCAAGUGAGAGAGCUUUUGUUUGUUUGUUUGUUUGUUUUUUGAAAGGCUCUCAGACCUGCUAUGAACUGAAUUAACUUCAGUGAAAUUAUCACAUCAAAGUUCUAUUGUUUUAGGUGAAUGGCAAUGGACACUAACUGAACAUUUGGUGAGUUGAGGGAUCUGCAUGGAUACUAGUCCAUGCCGCCCCUUUUACUCUCCCUUCUUCAAUCCUUAGUCUUUUGGCCACUUUUUCAACAAUGAUCUGUGCUUUAAAAGUAGUAUUUGGGCCUAGAUUUUGUUCUCUUCUGCCCUCAACUCUUCAGUUGGAAUCAAUUCUGCAUCCCUGAGCUUGACACAGACAGUAUGGAACAUCAUGCUUCUGCUAAAAUCAUGAUGUUGCUCGGAAAGUUACAUAAGGUUCCAGCAACUCCUGACUCCUGUGCUUGCCAAAAGCUCUAGUUCUCUUGCCAGCUCAGUGAUGGAUUUUAUUCUUUUUUUUUUUUUAACACACUUUGGCUCACUCUGUCUCCUGAGCCUAGGGAACACACACAAGUUCACAACAAAGAGGAAGACGAACACACAAAUAUCAAUAAGCCCCUCAUGCAAAAAGCUCACAGGGCUUGUUUUCUAAAAAUUUUCCAAGGGAGAAGGGAAUGCAUGCAUGCAUGCUUGCUACAGAGACCACAGAAAGGUCCAGCAAAAAUUGAUAUUCUGGUAAAAGUGGCCCAUUAAUUAAAGAUUUAACAAAAUCACUCUGAAAAAUUUGGAGUUAUGAUCAUUGAUGGCUUUUUAUGUUGGGAGAGAGAGCUGUGGUCCUUUCCUCUGUGAAUUUCACCAUGCCCAUCCCUGAACCCCAGCAGUCUUUAAGCAACUUCUAAAAUGGCAUGAAAACAUUUCUCUUCUACACUGAAGAGAUUAAUCUGAUCUUUAGUUGUAGAUGGCAAAGUACAAUCAUUAUCUGAGGAACUACACCCUCCCCACAGACACCUUUUAUAAUCCCAUUUGGGAAUUCCAUUCUAUAUUCUGUAUAUUUGCUAUUUUCUCCGGAUAUAUCCGGUAUUUUAGGCAACCUGUGUGGCUACUGUAAUAGUAAAGUCACUGAAAUUUUGCUGAAUAAAAGGCUGCCAUAUGA